AAUUAAAAAAAAUUGCAGUUUUCACAAGAUGAGUCGCCGUGGCAACAACUGGGCCUACACCGAGGUCAUUGACCUCCUGGAUAUAUGGGGAGAACAGAAGAUCCAGAAGCUGCUUCAGAGUAGCUAUCGUAAUAUGGACACAUUCCAAGUCAUUGCAAGUGAGAUGGCAAAGCGGGGACACGAGCGAACUGCGCAAGAAUGUCGGACCAAGACAAAAACAAUGCGCCGGGAUUACAAAAAGGCCAAGGACAACUCUUCCUAUGGGAAUGGACGUCUCAUGUGCCCUUUCUAUGAGCAGCUUGACAGGAUAUUGGCUGGGGAUUCUAGUUUCCAGCUGCCGAGGAGACAGCAGAAUAUCACACUGCCAGAGGAAUCUUCAGGGGAUACCAAUUCCCCAUGUCCCAUGAUAGAGGGAGCGGUGCCAGCAAUGAACGGGGACUACAUGGAGGGCCAGGAUCAGUGUUCCCCUUGCCCACAGUUAUCCGUGGAAAUCUCUGAUUCCGCCACCCCCAGUCCCAUGUUCUACAUGACGAGGGCAGCAUCUGCAAAGCCUGCAAGCAUGUCUUGGCCAGCAGCAAAAGUCGAUCAUCCAGCUCCCUCUCUGCCAUCUUUCUUCCCUGCUCAUCCAGGCAGCUCAUCCAACAAAGACUCAAGAAUGGAUGCGGUGAUGCCACCGUCACCGACUCUGCUGCACAACAGCGCAACCCUCUCUUCCGAAGGGCGCCUGACCAGAGUCCGAAAGCGCCAAAGGAAGACGAGGAAUGACCUGGUCAUGGAACUGUCGAGGAUAGCAGACCGGAGGGUGCAGACAGCCACAGAUCGGAUCCUCUCUUCCCUGAAUAGGUACGCCACAGCAGACUUGCAAGACCGCGAGAGAGACCGGGCGGACACUGCGCAGAUCAUUGCUAUCAUGCACCGCCAGACAGAACUGCUGGAAUCCUUGGUGCAGAUGCAGUCGAUUGAACAGACUCCCGUCUCCCCUUCGCCCUCGUGGCACGCCCGGCCUCGCUCGGCCAUCUCUCCACCCUCUCGCUCAGGCGUCCCCAGACGGACACUCGUGCCCAGAGUGAACCACAGGAGACGGCCCCAGAAGUAUAGCCCUUGAUUGCACAGUUGUAGUUUUGUCUCUUGGCGUUAUAGUUUUAUGACAUUCCAUUCAGUUCCUUUGCUUUUUGUUAAACAUCAUAUAAGGUAUGAAUUCCCGCUUCCCCUUUAACUAAUACUUGGAAAAGUAAUGCAGUGAUAAGCUUGAGACACCCUGUGUCCUUCAUGUAACCAGGGCUAUUUUUGUAGCAGGGACUUCUUUGCAUAUUAGGCCACACACUCCUGAUGUAGCCAGUCCUCCAAGUGCGUACAGGGCUCUUAGUACAGAGCCUACUGUAAGCUCUUGAAGGAUUGGCUACAUCAAGGGUGUGUGGCCUAAUAUGCAAAGGAGUUCCUGCUACAAAAAGACCCCUGCAUGUGACCAUUUCUCCUCCUUUCAAAGUUGGAACCAGCUUUCCUCUUCUGUGCUGUAUAAUGGAUGAAAGUUAUACCACCCUGAUGGAUAUAUAGGUGAAAUUGUAUGAAAUUUUGUAGGGGGUGAAUAUAGUACAAUAUAAACUAAUACCAAACUCUUAACAGUAAGCUAGUUGAAGUAAGGCAUGGACUCGGGCCCUGCCUAGAGGGUUUCACGCACCUCCACAUCCCCUUGUUUGUGGCUAGAAUGCAGAACUUCCAUGCCAAUAGGAGGAAAAGAUGCCUGGUUUCCUCCUACUUUCCACUCAGCACCAAAGGGCUGAAAACCAUCAUUUGCCUCCCAGCUGAAAAAGUGAUCAGCUGUACAGAAUGCCUCUCUGGCACUUCAGCUUUUCCCAUCUGUGGUGCUCGCAGGCAGGGGAGAGAUGCACAUGCACUGAAAUAACUGGUGCAUAUGGGCUCUGUAAAUCCUGUGUGCAGAUGUACCUUGUAGUUUUUGGCAUGUCACUGAAAUGGCUGUGGAAAAAUAGGCAGAAGGCUGCAGAGUGGUGAGAAGAGUCAAGAAAGAAGUAGAAAUGACUUCAGGAAUGAAUGAAGGCAUGGGUAUUAGACUUGGAGCUGGAAGUGGGUGACUGGGGUAGUGCAAGUUGGUUUGCCAUGAGCUUACUGUAAUGCCCCUUCUCCACUGACACAGAGGGCCUACGUUCCCUCUAAGCUAUGGAGUCCUGUGAGCAAAAAUUCUACUUUGUGAGCUACUGGCAUUAAAGUUGUGAGCUACUGCAUUAA